CUUUGCAACCCGCCAUCAAAAUGUCAGUACCGCUCCGGUCCCUAAUGCGGACCCUCGCCCGCACAACUCGUCCACCUCUCCUCUCCGCCCAAUGCCGCGCGCAGGUCUCACAAAACACUCCCCGAUGCACCACACCAUCCCGCUCGCAAUGGCAGCCCUUUUCCACGACACCCGCCCGCCCCAAGGCCAAAACAAUGGGCCAGCUGCGUGCACGUAAUGCAACGGGUCCUUUCUCUUGGAAAGCUGCUCUCCUCUUCGUUCUCACCGGUGCCGGAAUGAUUAUCUAUUUCCGCGUUGAAAAAGAGCGGCUCGAGCGGAAGCGCAUCGCGGAGAUGAGCAAAGGCGUCGGAAGACCAAAGGUUGGCGGGCCGUUUGUGCUAAAAGACCUGAAUGGGGACGUAUUCACGGAGGAGAACUUAAAGGGGAAGUAUUCUUUUGUCUACUUCGGCUUCACACACUGCCCGGACAUCUGUCCCGAUGAGCUCGACAAGAUGGCUGAAAUUAUCGACAAAGUGAAAGAGGCGAACAAGGGCGAGAACAUUUUCGUCCCGGUCUUCAUUACAUGCGAUCCCGCGCGGGAUACGCCCGAGGUGCUGCGCAACUAUCUGCAGGAGUUCCACAAGGAUAUCAUUGGCUUGACAGGGACGUACGAGCAGGUGAAGCAGGUGUGCAAGGCGUACCGUGUGUAUUUCAGUACUCCGCGCGAUGUCAAGCCUGGCGAGGACUAUCUAGUUGAUCACAGUAUUUACUUUUAUCUUAUGGAUCCUGAGGGCGACUUUGUCGAGUGUAUCGGACGGCAGGAUACGCCCGAGACCGCGACGAAGACGAUCAUGGAGCAUAUCAAUGACUGGAAGAGAGAGGGAAAGCCCUUAAAGAGGGAUUAGAAUGUUGCCUUUCCUCGUCCAAGCAACCAUUCGUGUAUUUAUAAUAUCCAUCCUGUCAAGUCUUGUACCAUAGCUCUCCAAUCAUCUAGAAUCCUCCUUUUUGGUCUUCAAUUUUCCAAACCCAUCCCUCUCCCUGUUCUCCCUCCACUCCAUCCCUCCAUCCACAAACUCCUCCCUCUUCCACACCUCAACCCGCUCCUUCACAACCUCAAGCACCCACUCCGCGCCCCUCCAGGCCUCCCCUCUAUGCCCCGCCCCCACCGCAACAACAAUACUCGCCUCCCCAACGGGAACUUCACCAAGCCGAUGCGCGAUAUAGACACCAUUCAGCCCGAACUUCUCAACCGCUUCAGAGGAGAUUUUGUGCAAUGAUUUCAGCGCGAGGGCUGGGUAUGAUGUAUAUGAGAGGCGGGCGACGGGA